AUGGCCGAUUACUGGAUACCGGCCUCGGUCGCCGUUAUUGCCGUCUUAACUUUCGGCAUCCCCUUGUUCCUGGCCGAGUACUUCCCCUGGCAGAGCCUCUGGAAGCAGCGUCAUGGCAGGCCUACUGUCACCACGAAGUCAUACAAGGGCCGGACGGUACUGAUCACCGGCGCAAACGGUGCGUUCGGAUCGAGGGCUGCCAAACUCUUCGCUCAUCGUGAUGUCGAAACUCUUGUCCUCGUUGAUGUCAAGGAUUGUGGAGGUGUCAAGGAGGAAAUCGAGGCAGAGCUGAGUGAGAAAAACAAGCCCAGGCCUAAUAUUCUCGUAUGGCAAGUCGACAUGAUGUCCUUUGCAGGAUGUCAGGAAUUGGGAAAGAAGGCACGUGAGCUAGAGAACCUUGAUCACGUCUUAUUGACGGCAGGUAUUCUGUCCUUCAACCGCCGCGAGUCACCUGAGGGUUGGGAAACUUCGAUACAAGUUAAUUUCCUCUCCACCGCUCUCAUCGCACUUCUCCUACUUCCGUUGCUCAAAUCUUCCCCAACGAAUCCGGCCCCUCCUGUCCUGACCUUCGUCACCACCUUCGGUAUCUAUCCGUCCUCCUUCACCAUGUCCGUACCCAAGCGCGGGUCCUACCUCAAGCGUCUCAGCAACAACAAGGACGGCAUGGAGCAGGCGCAUCAAUACGGCCGUUCCAAGGCCCUCCUACUCUACUUCGCCCGCGAGCUCGCAAAUCAAACCUCAGCCGCCGCAGGCAACGGCAUGCGCAAAGUGACCAUCAACAGCGCGGAUCCCGGCUCGGCAUGGACGCCACUUACGAAUCCGAACCAGGCGAAGCUGAUUCCGAGGCUGAUCAUGAACUUCGGAGCAAGAGAUCCACAAAUCUGCGCGACGGCGUUGGUUAAUGGAGUUUCGGCUUCGGCGGAAGGGCAUGGGAAAAUUAUGCAGGAUUUUGAUACUGCAUCAUACCCGCCUUUCAUGGAAAGGAAGAGUGGCCAAAUGGCGCAGCGGCGUGUUUGGGAGGAGACGCGAAGCGAGUUUGAAGCUAAAGUCCCGGAGGUGAAAGCGGUGUAUGAGAUGUUGGAGAAGUGA